GAAAAAUAGACGGAAAUUACGGCAGCCCCAUUUCCUUUCAAAGCUAGAUAAAUAAACAAAAGCAAGACGCGAUAUUAUAUGUAUUUUAAGCUUUUAAUGUAAUUUUGGUAAAUAUAUUAUCAGAAAAUCAUAGCUAUGUCUACCGAAGUUAAAUUUUUCUCGUGAAUACUCAACAAACAAGUCAACGUAGAACUACAAUCUGUGUAGCUAAAGUUAGCUGGCAGGCUACGUUGCUAGCGUUAAGUGGUUAGCUCGACAUGUUUAUUUUAGUGCUGGACCGAAGGAGCGCGACAUGAUGGCAUGAAACUGUGGCAGUCAUAGCAAGUAGCUACAUUUCUAGCACUUAAAGCUUGAAGGGUUUGGGACACAGGUGUAAGUAUUGUCUUGAGUUUUAUUCGGUCGUGCACGUCGUAAGGAACUGUCACUAUGGCGUGGGCUCUGAAGUUGCCUCUCACGGAUGAAGUGAUCGAGUCAGGACUGGUCCAGGACUUUGAUGCUAGUCUCUCGGGCAUAGGCCAGGAGCUUGGUGCUGGGGCAUACAGCAUGAGUGAUGUACUUGCCCUCCCCAUCUUCAAGCAGGAGGAGUCCAACCUCCCUCCUGACUCGGAUAAUAAAAUCCUCCCCUUCCAGUAUGUUCUGUGUGCAGCUACCUCGCCAGCAGUUAAACUGCAUGAUGAAACACUUACCUACCUCAACCAAGGUCAGUCCUAUGAAAUUCGAAUGCUUGACAAUCGGAAAAUUGGGGAACUUCCGGAAAUCACUGGUAAAAUGGUAAAGAGCAUCAUUCGUGUGGUGUUUCACGACCGCCGCCUUCAGUACACAGAGCACCAGCAGCUUGAAGGCUGGCGCUGGAACAGGCCCGGGGAUCGCAUUCUCGACCUCGAUAUCCCCAUGUCAGUCGGCAUAAUCGACCCCAGGGCUAACCCUACUCAGCUUAACACUGUGGAGUUCCUUUGGGACCCAUCAAAACGAACCUCAGUUUUUAUCCAGGUUCAUUGCAUCAGCACAGAAUUCACGAUGCGCAAGCACGGGGGAGAAAAGGGUGUGCCUUUCCGUAUCCAAAUAGACACAUUUAAAGAGAACGAGAAUGGAGAGUAUACAGAACAUCUUCACUCUGCCUCUUGCCAGGUCAAAGUCUUCAAGCCUAAAGGUGCAGACAGGAAACAGAAAACGGAUAGGGAGAAGAUGGAGAAAAGGGCACCACAAGAAAAGGAAAAGUACCAACCCUCCUAUGAAACUACAAUACUGACAGAGUGCUCUCCUUGGCCGGAGGUCACAUAUGUCAACAACUCCCCAUCUCCUGGCUUCAACAGCACACACAACAGCUUCCCAGUGGCAGAGGGAAAUGGAUCGCCAAACCACCAACCUGAGCCUGUCGUUCAGGCAGCAGAUAACUUGUUACCCACAGCAACACCACAGGAUGCACAACAAUGGCUUCACAGAAACCGCUUCUCACCUUUCUGUCGGCUUUUCACUAACUUCUCAGGGGCGGAUCUGUUGAAGCUGACGCGGGAGGAUGUCAUUCAGAUCUGUGGACCAGCUGAUGGUAUAAGGCUCUUCAAUGCAUUGAAAGGACGGGUAGUACGCCCAAGACUGACCAUCUACGUUUGCCAGGAAUCUCAGCAGGCACGGGAGCAGCAAACGAAACAUGAAAACGGAGAUGCUGCUGCCAACACUUUCUUUGUAUAUCACGCCAUUUAUCUAGAGGAACUUACAUCUGCUGAGCUGACAGAGAAGAUCGCACAGCUCUUCAACAUUUCACCCAGACAGAUAAACCAGAUCUUUAAACAGGGUCCCACAGGCAUCCACGUAUUGGUUAGUGAUGAGAUGAUUCAAAACUUCCAGGAUGAAGUAUGUUUUGUUUUGGACACAAUGAAAGAUGACACAAAUGACGGCUACCACAUCAUCUUGAAAUGAAUAUUUGGAAGGAGAAUAGAGUAGCCGUACUCUCUUCUUUAGAUCUGAUCCAGUGUGCCCCACUAGAGCUUCAUACUCCUGUUGCUGUUCCUUGGAAAUGUGGAGAUGACCCAACAAACCUCUGGAGGCUGCUAUGAGGAACUAGUGACUGAAGCACGUGACCCUCCCCUCAAUACACCUUACUGUCUUACUUUUGAGGGAGUGACUCUUAUUACCACCCUGAAGUAACAUUCUUGUUUUGCCCUGUCGUUGUUUACCUUAAAGAGUUGUUUUUGUUUGUUUUUUUUCACUCCUGCUUCUAACCGGACUACGUCUGCUUUCAUUGUUUCUUUAGCUGAGCAUCUGGUGUGCCAAAGCUCUAUGCUUCAGAAUCAACAGUGGUUGUCUCUGUAAAAAGCCAACAAUCAAAAAUGGAAAAGCAACAAAUGAAAUACGGUGACAGUACUUAACUUCCAAUCUGCAGAAUGAUUUUUUUUUUUUUUUUUAAAUUUUUACAUUAGAUUGCCUUGGAAGAUUAACUUAAGUCACUCUAAGAAGCAAUGUAUGUUAAUUGAACAGACCAGGAAAUGAUAGCAAGAUGUAUGAAAUCAGGACAUCAGUGUAAGUGGAGGAAAUGAGCUGUCCUGUUUUUUGGAAGUUAAUGCUGUCAGUCUUUGACCGACAUGAAAUAUUAUGUUUGAAACAAGAAAAAAAUUUUGAGCCUCCCAGACAGUGUUAGGACUUUAUAGAUAGCUCAGAGUGCACACUGGCACUCAUGGUUUUAACCUAUGAAUCUUGAGUGAUGAUGAAACACUGUCUGUGUCAGCGAUCGCAGUGGCAACACCAGCAAAUUAUCUCUGGUUCAUGUGCGUCCUCUCCCUAUCAACAUAUUUAGCAAAUCAGCAUUUCAUGUUUAUUUUGGCAGUUUUCCAUAAGAAAAAAUAGAUCAUUGUUUUAAAGUUUCCUUAAUGAAUCAUGUUACAGUUUUAAAAAAAAAAUAAUAAUAAUGUUCUAACAUACUUGUGUUUCUCCAUCUUUUUUUGAAUGUUACCACUUUCUAAUAUGAAUGCAUGUAACGGGUUGUUGGACACACCAGAGCUGCAUGUGA